AUGGCGCGGCUAGGGGGAGCGGGGGGCGCCCCCAUCCCCCUGGGUUUCUGCCCCGACAUUCCCGCCCUCCUCAUGACCUGCUGCGGCUCGCUGAACCUGCAGGACCAGAAGAACCUGGGAGACCGAGUUCUCCUCCAGAUCGGCCUCCGAGUGGUCCAGGCCCUCCAGGAGGUGCAUCUCAAGGACGUCGUGCACUGCGACCUCAAGCCCGACAACGUCACACUCCAGCUCGGCGAGGACGGCCAGCUCGAGUCCCUUCACAUCAUCGACUACGGCUUCGCGCGCCUCGCGGGCGGCUGCCACCCGCGCAGGAAGUCACAGGACCCCAAGCCGUGGUACUGCCACUGCUUCUACAACGGCACGCCCAUGCGCAAGGAGUGCGACGUGCAGGGACUCGGCCACAUCCUCGAGUUCCUGGAGGAGGCCAUGACGCUCGAGUCGCAAGACUUCGACGAACUCAUCGAAAAGGCCUUCAACCCCAGUCACGAGGAGCGUCCGACGCUGCAGGAGGCAGAAGCCUUGCUGUCCGCCCUGCUCGCAGGUCUGAAGGAGGACAACGCCGAGCCCAGCACGGUCGAGGGUUAG